AUGUCAAUCAAAAGCGCUUUAGUAACGGGAGCCGCUCAGGGAAUUGGAAAAAGUAUCGCAACUCAACUCGCAAGGGAUGGGUUUAAUGUGGCUAUUGCUGAUUUACCCUAUCAGCGGGAAAAAGGAACUCAGCUUGCUGAAGAUCUUAAGUCGCAUGGUGUAAAAACACAAUUCAUCGAAGUUGAUGUAACGGAUAGAGAUCAGGUUUUCGCUGCCGUAGAAAAAACUUAUCAAGCAUUUUCCUCGUUCGAUGUCAUGGUUAACAAUGCUGGUAUUUGUCAGGUAACUCCCUUAUUGGAAGUUACAAAGUCUCAGGUCGAAAAAAUUCAAAAUAUUAAUAUCAAUGGCCCAUUAUGGGGAAUUCAAGCUGCUGCGAGAAAAUUUAUCGAGAUCAAAAAGCCCGGAAAGAUAAUUAAUGCAUGCUCGUUCGCUGGCUUCAAAGGUAUUCCAAUUCUCUCUAUUUACAGUUCUACCAAAUUUGCUGUAAAGGGUCUAGCUCAGGCUGCUGCCCAAGAAUUAGGAGUGAUUAAAUUUGAGGGUACCGACAAAAGAAUAACUGUCAAUAACUACUGUCCUGGUAUUGUUUUGACUCCAAUGUGGGAUGAGAUUGACGCCGGACUUGCCAAAAUUGAAGGUCUGGAAAAAGGGGUCCCCCUCAAGCGCUACCUUGAUGGUAUUUUAUUAGGCCGUGGGGAGAAACCAGAGGAUGUGACAAAUCUAGUUUCAUUCUUAGCAAGCGAUAAAUCAGAUUACAUUACUGGGCAAUCUAUUUUAGUAGAUGGUGGACUUUUCUUUAGUUGA